AUGUUGGAUGCUGUUGUUGUACGCGGAAAGGCGUUUGCGCAAAAGAGAAUACGGAUUGGGAAGUACAAUGUGUACCUGUUGCCGUGUCUGCUUCUCGGCCUUCCGCUUCUUCUCGUGGUUCUUCAUUUGAUUUUCCGACACCCGUCAUCACCCGUACAACAAUGGGUUGACCCAUGGGUGCCUGUCAGACCAAUCAACACCCAGUACGACGAGCCUUUCGUUUACGGAUGUCAAGAUCCGGAAGUCGCGGCCAAGGCACACCCUCGAGCAAAUGCAGCAUUCGUCAUUCUGGCCAGAAACUCCGAACUCGACGGCGUCUUGGAAUCCAUGAAGUCUUUGGAGUCGCGGUUCAACAGAUGGUUCAAUUACCCCUACGUCUUCCUCAACAACGACCACUUCAACGAGACAUUCAUGGAAGGAGUUAAGAAAGCUACAAGCUCAAAGGUGGAGUUUGGAUUUGUGGAUUCAUCGAUGUGGGGAUUCCCUAACACUACCGACAUUCCGGAAGCGAAGGAGUUGAUUGCGCAGCAGGGUGAUCGGGCGAUUAUGUACGGAGGAAUGGAGAGUUACCACCAUAUGUGUCGAUUCUACUCUGGAUUCUUCUUCAACCACCCGUUGUUGUUGAAGUAUAAGUGGUACUGGCGUGUGGAGCCUGAGAUUGACUACUGGUGCGACAUCACCUACGAUCCUUUCGUGUACAUGGAGAAGCACGACAAGGUAUACGGAUUCACUAUUGCGAUUAAGGAGCUUCGCGAGACGGUGCCUAACCUUUUCAGAUAUGCUUCGGCUUAUAAGCGUAACCACAACGUUUCCUCUCAGGGAAUGUGGGAGUUUUUCCUCGAGUCACCACCAGAGCCCGAACAAUUCGAAGAGCAGCCAGAACUUUCGCCAGAAGACCAGUUACCGAGCAAGGUCCAACACCACGAAGCCAAAGUUGACGAUAACGCGAUGGAGGGGGAGAACUACAACAUGUGCCAUUUCUGGAGUAACUUUGAGAUUGCACGAUUGGAUUUCUUCAGGAGUGAGGAGUAUAUGCAGUUCUUCAGGGAGAUGGACGCAAGUGGCGGAUUUUGGGCUGAGAGAUGGGGUGAUGCGCCUAUUCACUCUCUUGCUGUCGGUGCGCUCCUUUCGAAGACUCAGGUCCAUUACUUCCGUGACAUAGGAUACCGUCAUACGGAUAUUCAGCACUGUCCCGGUAACGCGCCCGGAAAGCAGCUUCCUCGCCCGGGAUUCUCGCCUAAUCACCAGUACAAGGACGCUCUUCCGACAGAGUGGGAUCAGGAGCGCGAUAACGCCGUUGGAUGCAGAUGUAACUGCCCAACCAACCUUCCCGAAGUCGAGGGCAAGGACGGAUCUUGCCUGAUCACCGACUGGGUACCCCUCAUGGGUGGAUUCACGGACUAG